UAUCAAUAAAUCGUGAUCAGAAAGUUCUCACUCACUCAGGUGUGGUGAACGUGUCACCAGCCGAGCACGUACAAAGCCCUCUGAUUGGCUAAGCUAAUGUAUUGUUUGCUGUGUGGUUGGGUCGUCAAGAACACUGCACUUGUGCGAACGUCGGAGUGUUUACAAUUGACGACUUUUAAAUGACUUAUCUUCUUGAUAAACUUUUUUUUUAACGUUUUUUUUACUCAUCUUUUAAUCAUGAUGUCUGCAUGAGUGCGCGUUUAUACAGAGGAAAGGGUGAAAGGAGUCCAGAGGGGGCGAAGGCUGCUUCCUACAUCCAGGACAUGGAGCUGAGGGAGGAAUGGCAGGAUGAGGAGUUCCCCAGACCUCUUCCUGAAGAUUCCCAUAGUCCUGAGACCCAAGGAGAAAAUGCAGAGAGACCAGCUCCACCCACCAGCCUGGCCCUGUCAGAAAACCCCAUAAGGAAGAAGCGUCUGGUGGCGCCCACCCUCAGCCUGACCCUGUCCCGUACCGACUCAGCGGACCGCAGUGUGAAGUCAGGGGACACCGGGUACUCUGCCGCCGCCCUCUCACCCGACGAAGAUGACACGGAGCUGGACAUCAACCUGGAGGCCCUGGAGACGCCCUCGGACAGCGAGUCCUGCAACUUCCCUGACAGCAUGCACGAACUGGAGUGGGAGGAUGACCUGCCACGGCUGGGCCGGGGGGAGGAUGGUGUCUCAGGCACCACGGUGAUGGAGCAGGCAGAGAUGGGCUCGAUGGAGCUAGACCAGGUGGACAACAGGGGGCGUCGCUGGAGAAGGUUCUGCGUCGCAGGACAGGAGUACCACGUCAACAUGAGUGUCCUGGAGCCAUACCUCCAGGUGCUCUCUCAUGGAGGUUAUUACGGGGAGGCUAUGAACGCCAUCAUCACGUUCUCCUCCUGUUACCUACCAGAGAACACGGUGGAGAACUAUGAGUACGUCAUGGACAAUCUCUUCAGGUACAUAGUGGGGACGCUGGACCUGAUGGUGUCAGAAGGCUAUGUCAUGGUGUACCUGUGCAGCAUGGCUCCCAGGAAUAAGAUGCCCGCCAUCAAAUGGCUGCGACAGUGUUACACCUCCAUUGACAGAAGGUUGAGGAAGGAUCUGAAGGGGCUCUUUGUGGUCCACCCUGCCUGGUACAUCAAAGCACUCAUCACUGUCGUCAAGCCUUUCAUCAGUGAGAAGUUCAGCCGGAAGAUCCGCUUCAUUCACAGCCUGCAGGAGCUGUCUGAGUACAUCCCCAUGGAACGCCUGCAGAUUCCCGACACCAUCCGAGAGUAUGAUGCGAGGAUGAACGGGUGAGGAACAUAUCGCGGGAAGCCAAAGAGUGGACAUUGAGAGUGGAUAGGCGAAGGAGGGGAAGACAGCAGAUGACUGGGAACUAUGGGCUGAAUUACCAUCAAAGUUCAAAAGUUAACUAGUCCAAAUGUCACCCUGCAGGUAUGCUUGGACGUGCAGCACUUUUGUUGUACAGAAAAUGAAAGACUUUUAGUGUGUACAGACACACCUUUAAUUUAUUCAUCGUUGAAUGUAAUGUCACUAAAGAAGUUCACUUCCCCAAGCCACUGGCUUUGCAACAGUUUCAGAACUGCCCCUAUUUUGUGGUACUUGAAUGCAACCCUAUCAUAUGUAUUGAUGCCAGAGUGAUUUGUGGGACCUGUCGUCAAGGAGCAACCUACAGUCAGUUUGAACACAACACUUAGAUGAAAGGUCCAGAUGGUUUUCUGUUACAGUUACCUUCACUGGAGCUCACAUUGACAUUUACUGCUGCUUUAUCUGUAAGGGCUUACUGCACUCUAGUGCCAAGUACAACACUUUGGGAUGUCACCUUUUAAUGUUUACUCAAAUGUGAUUGAUGCACAACAAAUACUUUAGGUUAAGAUGGAGACAGUCUAUUUAAUAAAAUAAAUCAGAAUUUACAUCAUGACAUAAAUUCUGACGUAUUUGACUGUAUUAUUCUGACCUUGUAAACCUAAGCCUUUUUAUAGCCUACCCUCAGAGCAAAUAUUUAUGGAAGAGAACUCUUGAACAACCUGUACUUUUAGAAUUGUCAUUUUCUAACCAUACAUUCUAUAGCUGAAUGAUCUUCUCACGUUAAGACAUUUGUUUUUGAGCACUGCUUACCACGUUUAAGGGCUUUUACACGAUUUUAAAGGAAGGGGUGUCUCCAUGGAAACGCUGCAGGCAUUCAGGAAAUGGCAGCCACAGGAAGUGAGGUAGCUCUGGAAGAAGAAUACUGCUGCCUGCAUUUACUGUAACUCGUACACAGGAACAGUGACAUGUCCAUUAAUUAGGGAUGAUGAAGAAUAUUCAUCUGAAAAUUAAAAACAUUUUUCUGAAAAAGGGAGCUAUUGAAUGUAUUGUUAGUCUUUUAUGCUAAUAAAAAACAUGAGCUGGCGCACACCCAGAAAUAAAUGUUUGUGCGGAGGUGCAGACUAACAACGAAAAAAUUAUAAGCUAUCAAAAUAAAGUCACACACUCCAUAUAUAAACUCCCAGUAAUUUACAUUUACAUUUAUUGGCAUCACUAUGCCUUCUUCAGGGUAAUGUCAUGAGUACUUCAAACAGGUUAUGUAGACAAACAGUGCAAUUAGUGCAACCAAUGACAAUUCUACCACAGGAAAUUGUGGGUUUUUCAAUGUUACUGCUACUGAAUUAUAACACCAUAUUGGGGAUGUUUUUAAAUCUACAGAAGUCCUCAAAAGACUCCUUUAAAAAACUGGUGGUAGUUAACAACAGAUCUUAAAUACAUGAGACAAUGAUGCAUUCAGUAUUAAAUCAGAUUAGUAUUCAGUAAGAUUAUAUGGUGGUGGUUGGUAUCGCUCAUGUCAGCUGGGUGUUCUGAAAUACUCUGAAUUGUGUUGCAUUGUGGAGGAGGAAACUGAAUGGCCUCCGAGAUAGAUAUGGUGUCCUUCGUUAACACGACUGGAGUCUGACUGCUUGUUUUUCAGGGAUUAUUUCGUACCCCUCUGCAUUCACAUCUUUGUCCCAGUGGUCUGUCUGCUUGCCAGUUGUUCAUGUAAAUAAAGUUGUCAUCAUGGGA